AUGAGCCCCUCGCCUCCGGUCCAAGUUCUCGAAACUCGUCGCGAUACAACGCCUUUUGAUGAGGUGGCUCUGCAAGGACUGCGGAGAGACUUAUUCGAAGCAGGCAUUCAGCAGCGCGGUUCGGACACUCAACUGUACAGGACCAAUGGGUCUCUUGAUUUGAUGUGGACUGAUGCAACUUUCUUCAGCUAUGAGUCGCUGUCUAUAUCAUGUGUGAGCUGCUACGUCAAGGGUACAGCUUACGCAAGUCUUUUAGUCGACGGCGACUUCAACUUCACCCAGGCUUUGACAGAGUUUCACGACCAAUUCUGGCCUGAGGUCAAGAACAUAAGCGUCGAGGUCUGGGACCAGUUCAAGAAUUGGUCGCAGUCCGUUACCGAUAAUGUUACCGAUACGGUAGGGGACAAUGUUGUCUCGUUCUUCCAAACCGGUGACUUAGAUGAGCUUGACAUUGAUUGGAGUGCUUACUCCUUCCCGACCCUCGAUGUGGAUUUCGACAUGAAUCUGACCAACAUCCCGGAGACGACUCUCAGCCUGGAAUUUGAUGACCUCGAGCUUUAUAUGGAGCUCGAGGCUUCUCUGGAUGCAGGGCAGACGUAUAGGGUCAAUCUGUAUCCCCCGGAAUGGUACCAGCCAGCCGGAAUAAAGAUCGGGAACCAACUGGUCGGUGUUGUCAUCACGCUUGAGUUGCUCUUGACAUUGAGCACCGAGGUGAGCAUCAGCACAGGUAUGCAUGUCAAGUUCGACGACGGCCUGGCAAUGGAAAUUGCCAUGUUCGGCAGUGAUGUCUCAAGCAUUAAGCUCACGGACGGGUCAUUUGAGUUCCUUCCGGUGACCGUGGGCACAAGCGGCGUCGUGUUUGACGCAACCCUUCGGCUGGGAGUCACCGCCGGCCUGAACAUGUCCCAAGAUCUAGGGAACGAUCUCAUCAAGCUUGCCGCUGGUGCUUCAGCCACGGUAUACACAGACCUUGCCCGUUUCACCACGAACAUUACCACGCCAGAGUCUCUAGAGCUGGCAGCAAGGGAUGACGACUGUCUCAUGCCCGUGAUCGAGUCCUACGAGUUCGGUCUCGGCGCGCAGGCGGGAGCUUUUGUCCAGUUCAAAGAUGAGAAAUGGGGUCCGACGCCCAACACAAGCGUCCAGAUCUACUAUACCACGCUCUACUCCGCUUGCGCCAUCGAUCCAGCCUCUGCGACAGCAGAAAUUGAUGCGAGACAAACGGCACCAGUUAUUCUUGCUGAACGUGCUGACCUAACCGCAACUGAAGUUACCAGCAUCGUCACAAUCACAAAUGUUGUCUGCCAAUCUGCAGGGCUGAGAAACUGCCCCGCCUCACUACAGACCACUGUCCAGGUGACCACUACUUCGACCGCGAUCGUUUCAGUAGCGGAGGGUGAGUCGCCGGUCUUCCCUGCAACGGCGACGACCGGCAAUAUCGCCGCCGCUGCGGCCUUCGGUGAUGCCGUCCAGAAGCUGAAGGGCUCCAGCGGCAGUCCUGUCUCCUACGUGCCACCUGUUGCAACAGAUGGCUCAGGAAUCGGUGGCGGGGUCUCGGGAGUGAUUGGUGACGCCAAAGAUGAGUACAACGGCAUGUCCGAGGAGGCCAAGAGGCUCGUCAUCGGGCUCUCUGCUGGUCUCGGAGGGGCGUUCCUUGUCUGUGUGGCUGCAGGCAUUUGGAUAUGCUGCAAAAGACGUGCCAGGAAGCAGAAUGCAAGAGCACGAUCGGACAUUAGGGAGGUCCACGGCGUGGAUGCUUCACAGCCUUUUCUUGGCGCUGAACCAGAGACAAGGUGGAAGCAAGCUCAGAGUCGUGUCAGCAUCUCCACUGCUGACCCCAUGACAACACCUCGCGAGGAGCGUGGGGCUUACGACGAUGUCUCUGGCGCUCAUCGCCCAGGCCUCUGA